AUGGCUCCAGAACCAACCCCACACGACAGUACUGAGAAUGAGCGAAACAGCCUCGAGGGGGAGUUGAAAGAACUAAUCUCGGCCCUGACCACCCGCCUAGGCAGUAUCCAACGGGCCCACAACCCGAGUUCGAGCGAUGAGGACGAGAAAGGAGUUGGGAUCGUCACGCUGGCUGGGAACAACGUUGGUGCCACCAUGCGGGGCGAUGUGGACGACGUGGAACAGGAGGACCUCGCCACAUACGUCAACAGCAAUUUCCAGGCCAUAAACAACUCUAUCAUGAUGGGCGGCAGCUACAAGACCAAUGAUCCUGGCGUGCAUUUGGACAUCUCGGAUGUGUAUGAGCACGAUGAUGAUGAUGAUCAUCAAGCAACUAAUAAACGUGGGAAAAAAGGCAGUAAGAAUUUGACGAGACGGAGAUCAAAAGGUGAACGUCAUAAUCAUCAUCAUGGGAAGCGUUCGGACGGGACUAGCGACACUAACACUAACGAGAGUUGA